UAAAAAUGGCCAAGCUUUUGAACUUUGCUUUAAUUGGUUUCCUUCUCAUUGUUUCAGUUGCGAUGGAUGUUAAUCCAGUGAAUGCACAACGAAGAUGUACUGAAAUUUUGGAUCCAAAUAAUUGUGUUCCCGAUGAUUGCAAAAAUCAAUGCAUUCAAAAACACAAUGGAAAUGGACUUUGCGUAGGCAGUUCUGGUACUGGCCAAUUUGCUUGUGCUUGUACUUAUGAUUGUCUAAAUUCUCAUUUAAACCCAAAAUGAUUUACAAGUGAAUCCUCAACUUUUGUACGUGUGUUAUGUCAUGUAUUGUCUAAUCUAUCAGAAUCAAGUUUUUUCCUUUCCAAGGGAAAUA